AUGUCCGCCAUCUUGCUGCUGGGAGGCGAGGAGGAGAGGGACAUCUUUGCUGCAAAACUUGCAUUCCGUGAUGGGCCUUCUGCGUGCCCUCUGAUGGUAUUUGCCAGCUCACCUGGCGCUGGGGCAGAGGAGAGGCUUGGCGCAGUGCAGGCUGCUGGCCAGCUGAAACUGUCAUUUCGCGCCGUGGACACGGUCACAAACUUCUCCACCAUGAUACCGGACCUCCAAGCUGCUGGUGUUACGCAUGUUCUGCUUGUGACGUCUGGCUACCACAUGCCACGGGCAACCGCGAUAGCUGAGAUAAUGUUGGGCUCCUGCAACAUCACGUUUGAGGCAUGGCCUGUUGAGUGCGCUGCGACUGUGGAUGGCAGACGUGAGCCGAAGUGGAGAACUUAUCGCGAUGUCCUUCGAGCGCGAAUUUGGAGCAUAACCGGAUGGGAUUUUCUCUGGCUGGCGAAAGUUCUGGUCCGCCUUGUUCGAUGCUGCAGAGGUUAUUAG